CUACAUUUUUCUCAGCUUCAGUCUCUAAAUUUUCUCUGCUUUUCUCUCCUUCUCUCCAUGGAAACCCUAGCCGCUUCUCACCGUUUCCUUCCGGCGAAUCGAAGAUUCGAUGCUGCUCCGACUUGCGGUAACUCUAACGGCAGAGCUACGAACGUUGUUUUUGGCAACGGGAGAGGUCUGAAUGGAGUUUCGGAUAACGGGAGAGCUCUGACAUCGGGUUCUCUGGCUCUCGUCAGCUCAGGGCGUCGUUGGCAUGCGGUCGCGUGCUUGUCUCACUCGUCCCCUUCACUAGUGUUUGCAGUCGACCAUUCAGCGAAGUUUUUUGAAGCUGCGAAGAAGGGAAAUUUAAUUCCUCUCUAUCGAUCCAUCUUUUCUGAUCACUUGACUCCAGUUCUGGCUUAUCGAUGCUUGGUUAAGGAAGACGACAGAGACGCACCCAGCUUUCUGUUUGAGUCGGUGGAGCCUGGUUUUCAGUCUUCCAAUGUUGGAAGGUAUAGUGUCAUUGGAGCCCAACCCACCAUAGAAAUUGUGGCAAAAGAGAAUAUGGUUACAAUUAUGGACCAUGGAGCAGGUUCUAGGACAGAAGAGAUUGUGGAGGAUCCAAUGUCCAUUCCUCGGAGAAUGAUGGAGGGGUGGAAACCCCAACUCUUAGAUGAACUUCCUGAAGCAUUUUGUGGUGGGUGGGUUGGUUAUUUCUCAUAUGAUACGGUGCGUUAUGUGGAAAAGAAAAAGCUGCCAUUCUUGAGUGCCCCUAAGGAUGAUAGAAACCUACCUGAUGUUCAUCUAGGCCUCUAUGAGGAUGUGCUUGUGUUUGAUCAUGUGAAGAAGCAAGUGUUUGUGAUUCACUGGGUGCGAUUAGAUCAAUAUUCUUCUGUUGAGGAAGCUUUCAAUGAUGGAAUGAACCAAUUGGAAACUUUAGUUUCAAGAGUGCAUGAUAUAGUUCCCCCGAAGCUGGCUGCAGGUUCAAUAAAAUUACAAACUGGCCUUUUUGGUCCUUCAUUGGAGAAGUCAACAAUGACAUGUGAUGAAUACAUGAAAGCAGUAUUGGAGGCUAAGGAACAUAUCCUGGCUGGGGAUAUAUUCCAGAUUGUAUUAAGUCAGCGUUUUGAACGACGGACAUUUGCGGACCCAUUUGAAGUUUACAGAGCAUUGAGAAUUGUUAAUCCAAGUCCAUAUAUGACUUAUUUACAGGCGAGAGGGUGUAUUCUAGUUGCUUCCAGUCCUGAAAUUCUCACGCGUGUGAAAAAGAACAAGAUUAUUAAUCGACCUCUUGCCGGAACUGUUAGAAGAGGGAAGACACCUAAAGAAGAUGUCAUGUUGGAAAACCAGCUUCGGAAUGAUGAAAAGCAGUGUGCUGAACACAUUAUGUUGGUUGAUUUGGGAAGGAAUGAUGUUGGAAAGGUGUCCAAACCUGGUUCUGUGACUGUUGAAAAGCUCAUGAAUAUUGAGCGCUACUCCCAUGUCAUGCACAUCAGCUCCACGGUUACUGGAGAAUUACUUGAUCAUUUAACCAGCUGGGAUGCUCUACGUGCUGCAUUGCCUGUUGGAACAGUUAGUGGGGCACCAAAGGUGAAGGCCAUGGAGUUGAUUGAUCAGCUGGAAGUCACAAGGCGUGGGCCAUAUAGUGGUGGUUUCGGGGGAAUUUCCUUUUCGGGUGAUAUGGACAUUGCCCUUGCUCUGAGAACCAUCGUGUUCCCAUCUGGAAGCCGUUUUGACACAAUGUUCUCAUACAAGGAUAUGAACAAGCGGCGAGAAUGGGUUGCCCACCUUCAAGCUGGGGCUGGUAUCGUAGCUGAUAGUGUUCCCGCUGAUGAGCAGAAAGAGUGUGAAAACAAAGCUGCUGCCCUUGCCCGUGCCAUUGAUCUUGCGGAGUCUUCAUUCAUUGAAAAAUAACUAAGAUUUUUUGUCCACCCUUUUUAUCCAUUUUCAAGUAGCACUAGAGGGAGGAAACUUUUCAAUUGGAUCUCAUGAUCCUAAAUUGUACAGUGUUCAUCAGGUUGAAUUUUUAGAUCAAAUAAAGCUAUUUAUCUUGUCUUGUGUCU